AGACAGAAUAGCUCAGCAACCACUAGGAGCAAAAAAAGGACGAAAAUCAACAAAGGACUCAAGACAUGAAACUUUAAGCUAGAAGCAACUACAAUCAAUUAUCAUGACCGACAAGGCCUGGCUGGGCGAAGCGGCCCUCGUCAGGGAGGUACGGAUGCUGGACCGGAAAGACGGCGAGACGGUGGCGGACAAGCUCGAGCGACUAUGGGACACGCAAGCCCAAUGCCAUGGCGGCAGCUUCCACGCCGCCGAGGAAAUGCUGCUGCGCUGGCUGCUGAAGAACAUGGCCGGCCCCCCCACCUCUACUGCCGCCGAGACCAUCCGGCGCUGUCCCCGCGCCUGGGACAUCCUCGGCGCCAUCUUCUCGCGGAUACCCCUCUUCUCUCUCGCAAAGUCGCUCGCCGACCGCCGCUUCGUGAACGUCCUCCAGCAGACGCUCAAGGACAUCUCCAGGCCUCAGCAGCAACAGCCGCAGGUGGCUGCCCAACUUGGCGGCGCCGACUCCGACGUCGAGAUGGCCAAUGCCUCGCCCCCACCGUCUCCAACGGGCACGCGCAAGCGCAAGCGCUCCGUGUCAACCACUCUCGACUUGGAUGUCCAGAGCCAGCUCUCGGGCUGUCUCGAAACGGCCGAGUCCGUCUUCGAGGCGCUACGGACGCUGCUGUCUCGGUGCGAGCUCAGAUCGUCCGACGGACUGCCCAGUCAGCGCAUGGGAGCCGAGCACGUCAAGUCCUUGUUCUCCUCGUCAGCCACCAAGACCAUGGAAAUUCUGGUCCCGCUCCUCACCCUGUGCCGUCUCGCCGUGAACAGAAGCCAGGAAACGCCGCUCAAGGGACAGGCCGAGUGGCUGUCGACUUUUAGCUCCAUCUGGGAUCUCCAUCUUCAGAGUUCCAGUGAUGCUGCAGACGUCGCAGCUCAUCUGUCUGGGCUGGGAACCAGCUUGCUUGGCAACCUGACAGGCUUUGCGCCGCAGAAGACGCUCGGUAUCAGCGCGGCUGUGCAGCAGCGGUGGGCGCGAGACCUCCGUCGCUUUCUAGCCCGCAACGUCAUUCUCCCCUCAAGGGCCGCCUUCCUCAACAGGGGAAGCCAGGAAGUCAUCCAGGUCACCGUCAACAUGGCCAUGGUCUCGGCCGCUGUGUCGUACCCUGUUCUCUUUGACCUCGUCAGCAAGCAGCGCCGUAUUUUGGGCGACAAGACUGCCAAAAAGGACUACGAUGCUUGGAUCCAGGCUGUCUUUGACGCCACUAUCACUGCCCUGCAGUCCCGCGGCCGCGAGAAAAACCGGGUGAUAGUUGGCACGAUAAUGGACAUAGCUGCUGAGCGCAAUACGGCGCUCUCGGCCACGAGCCUCCGCACCGUUUGCAAGGACUAUGCCAUCGGGCCUAAGGAUGACUGGAAGCUAUUGCUUUCCAUUGUCAAGCUCAACCCCGACGUUUUCUUGGUCUCGCAGGACGGCCAGGUGCUUCUCGAACAAGUUCUGGAGAAGACGCGGGAGUCGCAGUCUUUCGAGGCUGAUCUCUUUGCUAAGGCCUUGCAGUUCAUCGUGUCGCUCGCUAAGGGAUAUGCCAAGGCGCGCGAUCUCUCGAGCUUUGUCAAGGUUUGGCUGAAGUAUCUCGCCGUCGCUGAGGCCCCUGUCAAGCUGGAGCCCCUGUGGUCCCAACAAGAACUCGUUACUACUGUGGCGGGGCUGCUUGAGACGUCUCUCAAUGCCAAACAGCUCUUGGAGAUUCUGGACUGGCUCUCGGCCCUCACUCAGCCAGCCGAGAUUGUAGCAAGAAUUCACAUCCUCGAAGCUAUCUCAGGUGGCCUUUCACAGGAGGAGUUCGUUGAUGCCGCUAGUAUGAAGACCUUUGAGGCAGCGUUUGCGACCAAAAUCUCACGGAAAGAGCUCUCGAGCUCCGUAUCUGCAUCGCGAUGGAUGAUCGCCGAGAAGACGCUUUCCAGGGGAACCCUUGAAGAAUCUGACCAGGUCUUGUCUCGGGUGAAGUCGGAGCUCGUUCGCGCGCUCCAAAAGUCUCCAGUGUACCGAGAAGAUACCUUGGCUGCGUUCAAAUGCUGCGCAGCGCUUUGGCUUUCAAACUACCCACACGGCGAGCACGAGAGCGAGGCGGCUACUCUCGCAUGUGCAUUCCUUGACAGGCUUGAUGAGGGCGACGGACACUCAAAGUCGUCUAGUUGGAGCAAUACCGAGACAUCGAUAAACCAGGAGACCUACACCUCCUGGAUUCUUUCCAGCAUAGUGAGCUUGGUUGUCGAGAAGAAAAAAAGCGUUCCAAACAUCAUACUUUCGCUCCUGUCUCCUGGCGAGGAGGACGACACAGAAGCCCUCGAGUCCAUCAUGUCAGCGUCGCGCCUGCUGCUUGAAAAUGAAACCAUUACAAACAACUACUACCUCAUGCAUGAGCUGCUGGAAACAAUGAUUUCACGGAUUGACUCGUCCAAAUCCAGGAGGUCUAGUUCAACGACAAGAGUAGCCGUCCAGUUUCUGCUUGACGUCCCGAUGGAUGCGCUUAGCCGUAGCCAGCGAGAGGACAUUAUGAAGCGCCUAGUCUUGCCGUUGUGCCGGAACCAGGAUAAGCCUGAGAAGGUUGGAGUCGAGUUUUGGAAACCCGUGCUGAGUCUGAUGGUGAAGCUAAUGGGCAGACCAACGUUCUACGAUGAGAUGAGCUUCGCGCAGCUAGAGGCAAUAGGGAGGUCGAUACGAAAGUCACAUCGCCGAUCCAAGGAAGGGAGCUCGGCAGAUGACGUGUCAGAAGAGUGGGCCGACUUUCAGCUACUGAAACAGCUGGCCGAGUUGACUAUACGGCAAAUGGCGAAUGGGAAUCUUGAGGAGCGCGAGAAGGCGUAUCUCACCGGCGCUGUUGCUGUUCUUGAGUGUCCAUGCCAAGACUCGGACGUGGAGCCGCGCCUUGCCCUCAUCCAGUCCUUCAUCUCCGUGAUCCAACACUCUCCCUCGGUCGUGAAGUCAAGUUUUGAGCUCGAGGGCUUGAAAACCAGCCAUCUGCUACCAAUAGCCGUGCCACCCAUCACAUCUGGAAAGUGGCGCGGUAAGGGCCUGCUGCCGUUCCUGACAGCCCUGGAGGCCAUGGGCGUACUGGAUCACUCGUCUGUUGCCAAAGCGCUCUCGGGUGCCGUGCCGUCCUUGUUGGAGGCCGGCAACUGGCUUCUUGAACACGGCGUCCAGGGUGGGAUGGAAACGCGAAUGUUUCUUGCAAAGCACUUCACAGCAGCCAUGGGCUCCCCGUUAAAGAUAAAACUCCCUGCCCGGGACGGCCUGGACGUAACAGAAAUAGGACCUGCUCUCGACCGGGCGGCCGUAGUUGGCAAGACGGCGGUGCUGGAGUAUGUUGACGCGGCAACUCAGGAUGCGGAUGACGGCACGAGGCUCGGAUAUCUCCAGGAACUCUUGCUCCAGGAUAGCGAUAGCUCGGGCUCGUUGGCUCAUCUGUUGGUGGUUCACAGGCUGGUGCAUCAUAUUUCUGCAGGCUCUCGACCGGCAACUUUGCCAGACAGCCACAGCGGGUUCGAUCUCGCACAGACCCACAACAUCCUCUGCAACCGGUUGCGGGCCACCGUGGACCUGAGCGAGUUUAUUCUGACUACCCGGACGCUCUACCUGCUGCUCGACCAGAAGGCGGCGAGCAUGACACAGUGGAAUAUUGAGCUCACGCUCAGCAGCAUUUCGGCCCUAUGCUCCAGGGAAGAGGCGGCGCCUACCUCGUCCCCCAAGACAUACCACUGCCUGUGCCAGCUGGUCGAGGUGGUCAUCAAGCGCCACAGACGCCGGCUCGAUGGCCACUUCCACAUCCUCGUCACGGUGCUGCAGUCGCUUCUGCGCCGUCUCAUGUCUCUAGCUUCUUCUACCUCUCAGCAACCGCACGACAUGGCCAGCAACGUCCCGGCACCUCAGAGCCAGCACUGGGAGAAGCAAGCCCGGCUCUUUGCGCGCCUGGUGACGCUCGUGUGCGAGCCGACAGCGGCCUCGGUGUCGUCGUCAUCGUCGUCGUCGUCGCGCCCCGGCAGCGUGCUCGUCUCGGAGCGGGACCGCGCCAAGCGCUACGCCGGCCAGCACAUGGGCCUCGUGCUGAUGCAGUACGUCAAGCUGCAGCUGGAGCUCGCGCCGCUCCCGCUCGCGGUGCGCGAGCCGCUCGAUACGGCCAUGUACUCGGUGCUGCAGAUCACGACACCCGACGGGCUGCAGAUCAUGAGCGACGCCAUGGAUCCCAGCGGGCGCAUCAUCUUCAAGGAGCUGUACAGGCAAUAUCAAAAGUUUGGCAAGUGGGAGGGCGUGUGAGCGCGGUCAGACUUGUUUAUAUAUGUUUUGCCGCUGUAUAUAGACAUGUGCUAUAUAGAGAUAGAUAUAUGCCAUCAGGGGUUAAGUGGACAUGUUUGUUAUGUAAGAUCUACAUAGCGAUUUUCUCAGUGGCUCACGAAAUGGCAUGAGAUUGAGUAUUUAGCUACCUGUCAUAGGAAAUCGUGGUCUAGUAUCGCUAAGAUACGAAGAUUCUCCAGACCGCAUCCCGUGGAAAACGGC